GCUGAGUUUCCGUAUGUUUUCUGGGAAAAAAGAUGUCGCAGUAGAGGAAGGAUCUCUGCAUUUCUUCUUAGGGAGAAGCAAAGGACCAGACAGCACGGGUGUUCCUUGAGCUGCGGCACAUCUCCUCCACCUGCCCCAAGGACUGUGAUGUGACAGAGGAACACAAAAAUGAGUGGGUAGGAAGCCGGGUAUCUUUAGUUCGGCUUCUAAGAAUGGCCCGUGUUGGAAGGCACCUUAAAGAUCUUCUAACAAGGAAAUGAUUAAAACAGAAAUGCUUUGCGAAAGAGCUUCCUGUCACAACUCAGCAUGCAAGAGCUCACAGUUUCGCUUGGUCUUCACCUUUGAAAAGGCAAAGUCUGACCCAAGAUGUGGGGCUUUAAAAGGAAUUAAAUACAGUUGAACAACUUGGGAUGAAGGAGUAACAGGGCAAAUGGGUCGAAGUAUCUUAUUGAAAGUAGUUUUUGUGCUGGUUUUUUGUUCGUUGGUUUUGUUUUGUAAGCGUUACUGUGAAUUUUUGCAAUUCAAAUGCAGAAUUUUGUAAUGGUAGUCUGAGAGAACAAGGAAACAAAAGAAUCUGGCAGAAAUGAAAGUGAAACAGUCUCGCUCCUUCAUUUUGUGAGCCUGAAAUGAAUUCUAUGAUAGAGAAAUCUAAGCCGAUUUUAAACAUCCUAAAAAUUGAUUGUUGUAGGUUGUUUAAAAAGAAAAGAAUCCAGGCUCUUGCUACAGAUUCUUUUUCUUCAUUUUCUACACAAUCAGCCACGAUCCUUGCCUGCACAGUGGAUUUAAAAUCAACUUUAAAUUACUGAAGAAUUGCACUUCAAGUGGUCUCAAGAGACUGGAGAAGCAGGUCUUCACUAUAAUGGAAGAGGCCAAGAGCUCAAAGAAUGGAAAUCAUGACCCAAGGAAGUCUGUCCGUCUUGUCUGUGAGGAAGGCAAAACAGUCAAAGUUACAAAUAAUCAAAAUUAUAAACAUAGUAGAAAUGACAAAUCUGUGAAGGAUAUUGGGAGAAGUUCUCCAAGUGGGAACAACAGCAAAAAAAGUAAACAAAAUGAUGUUUUUCCUGAAAAACAAGGAGAAAAUAAAUCAUGCAAAGUUAAUAGUUGUAAUCCUGGAACUAAAGAUACGGUAUCAAACAUUCAGGAUCGAAGUCAUGGAAAAGCAAAAAAAAAUUCUAAUAUAUCAUCAGCAAUGGAAAACCUGAAACAAACAAAAGCUCAACAAGUGGGAGAAAACUUUCCAGGCUCCCAUGUUUCAGGGAAUGGGGUCAGUAUGGAAACGUUAACAGCUACUCAGAAAGGGAAACUGGUGUUGGAAAAUCCACUGGGAGUUCAUACGUUGGAGGCUAGUGUUGAUCAAACUGGUGAUCCUGGUAAGACUGCUUCAGAUCAAAGAAAACUGGAACAGAAGCCAGAUGACUUCAGUAAAAUAAAGAAUUCUGAAUCAACUAAAGAACAUGCCUUGGAAGCUGACUAUUUAGAAAACACUGCUGUUAUUGAUGAAUCUAAUCUGACAGCUGAACAGCAACUGGGAUUGAAACAAGCUGAAGAGCGUCUGGAAAGAGAUUAUAUCUCCCGACUUGAAAAACGCUCCCCAGAAUACACCAACUGUCAGUAUCUAUGCAAGCUCUGCUUAGUUCACAUUGAAAAUAUCCAGGGAGCUCACAAGCAUAUUAAAGAAAAGCGUCAUAAGAAAAAUAUAAUGGAAAAACAAGAAGAAAAUGAGCUGCGUGCCCUCCCACCCCCUUCUUCUGCACAGUUGGCUGCUCUGAGUUUUACACUCAUUGAGGCAGCAAAUGAACAAGGCAUAUCAGAUGAUGACUUCAGAAUUCGUCAAGAAAUUGUAAACGAGAUGGAGAAAAUUAUUCAACAGCCCUUACCAGACUGUUCACUGAGGAUGUAUGGCUCCUGUUUAACUCGAUUUGCUUUUAAAACCAGCGAUGUUAACAUUGAUAUAAAAUUCCCCCCUAAGAUGAGUCAGCCAGAUGUUCUGAUACAGGUGCUUGAAAUCUUGAAGAACAGUGCUGUCUACUCAGAUGUGGAGUCAGAUUUUCAUGCCAAAGUUCCUGUUGUAUUUUGCAAAGAUAUUAAAAGUGGUUUGACAUGUAAAGUAAGUGCUAGAAAUGAUGUGGCUUGCCUUACAACUGACCUUCUGGCUGCACUUGGUAAACUGGAGCCUGUCCUCAUCCCCUUGGUUUUGGCUUUCCGCUACUGGGCUAGACUCUGCCACAUUGACUGUCAAGCUGAAGGUGGAAUUCCUUCAUAUUCCUUUGCCUUAAUGGUGAUAUUUUUUCUUCAACAAAGAAAACCACCUAUUUUACCAUCCUAUUUGGGUAAUUGGAUUGAAGGCUUCGAUUCAAAGAAGCCAGAUGACCACCAACUGAAAGGUAUAGAAGAAGAGGAGUUUGUACGGUGGGAGUACAAACCAUCAACAAAUGGUUCAGCAAAAAACUCAGUUGGAGCAGAAGGUAAAACUAAAGUUGAACAACAAAAAGGUGGUGGUAAGAAGGUAACCAGCUCAGAAGUGGACAGCCAAAAUAAUACAAAGGAGAAACACGGCAAUUCACUCUUAGCAUUCAAAACCCCUCACCAAGUUUCACUGGGGCAACUGUGGUUAGAACUGUUGAAGUUUUACACACUGGAAUUUGCUUUGGAAGAAUAUGUCAUCAGCAUACGGGUACAAGAACUCUUAACCAGAGAGAACAAGAACUGGCCUAAAAGGCGAAUAGCCAUUGAAGAUCCUUUUGCACUAAAGAGGAAUGUUGCACGAAGUCUAAAUAGCCAGAUGGUAUUUGAGUACAUCCUGGAGCGAUUUAGGACAGCGUAUAAAUAUUUUGCGUGUCCACAAAGUAAAGAUGGGAUUAAAUCCAAGCCAGAUACGAGAAAAAAAGAAAAAGGGAAAAUUAAUAAGAAAUCCACAAGAUCUGAAGAAUCGGUUGCCAACUGUUGCCUUCCACAAGGGAAAAAAGUUGUAGAUAAACAAAAUACAGGAAGUGGAUGUAACAUACCGGAGAAUGAUCUUGAAUGUAAUGAAAUGGUAGAAUGUGUAGCCAAAAAAUAUACUUCCAAGAACAGAGACUCUUUGCUACUUUCAACGUUGGACUCUAGUUAUGAUGAAGAUAAAGAAGCAGCUUUAUCCCUUAUUUCUAACGAGUGCUGUGAAUUAAAGCAAAAAUCACUUAAAGAGAGGGAUGAUCUAGAAAUUUCAGAAGUUUGUCUAACUGAAGGUGAGCUAAGCCACCAUUGUAACUGCAGUGAACAUCAGUCCUAUGACAUGAAUUCUAGUAAUGAAUUUUCUGAUGCUGAAAGUAGACAGAAUUUGGUAACAGAGUCUUCUCAGAAUCAGUGCACUGGCACACCAGCUACCUCGCACAACUGCAAAGCAAUGGUGGAAGCUCAUGAUCUCAAAGAUGAAGGCAGGCUCUCUACAGAAGAAAUGCAUUAUGUGUUUGAUAAGUUUAUUUUGACUUCAGGAAAGCCUCCAACUAUAGUAUGCAGCAUCUGCAAACGGGAUGGACAUUCCAAAAAUGACUGCCCAGAGGAUUUUAAGAAAAUUGAUCUAAAACCACUACCACCGUUGACAGACAGGUUUCGAGAAAUACUUGAUAUAGUGUGUAAGAGAUGUUUUGAUGAAUUAUCUCCUCCUUUAUCUGAGCAACAAAACAGAGAACAAAUUCUGGCAAGCUUGGAAAGAUUUAUUCGAAAAGAGUAUAAUGACAAAGCCAGACUUUGCUUGUUUGGCUCUUCAAAAAAUGGAUUUGGAUUUCGGGACAGUGAUCUAGAUAUCUGCAUGACAUUGGAAGGCCAUGAAAAUGCAGAGAAAUUGAACUGUAAGGAAAUAAUAGAAGGUUUGGCAAAAGUUCUCAAGAAGCAUCCAGGUUUGAGAAACAUCUUGCCUAUAACAACAGCCAAAGUGCCUAUAGUAAAAUUUGAACAUAGACGGAGUGGCUUAGAAGGGGAUAUCAGUUUAUACAAUACACUGGCACAGCAUAACACGAGAAUGCUGGCUACAUAUGCAGCUAUUGAUCCUAGAGUGCAAUAUCUGGGCUAUACAAUGAAAGUUUUUGCAAAGCGCUGUGACAUUGGUGAUGCGUCCCGUGGUAGUCUGUCUUCAUAUGCCUAUAUCCUUAUGGUUUUGUACUUUCUACAACAGAGAAAUCCACCAGUUAUUCCAGUUCUUCAGGAGAUAUUUGAUGGAAAACAGAUUCCACAGAGAAUGGUGGAUGGAUGGAAUGCCUUUUUCUUUGAUGACAUGGAAGAAUUGAAGAAGCGUCUGCCUUCUCUUGGGAAGAACACUGAAUCACUUGGAGAACUCUGGCUAGGGUUGCUGCGGUUCUACACUGAAGAAUUUGACUUCAAGGAAUAUGUGAUCAGCAUCCGGCAGAAGAAGCUGUUAACUACAUUUGAGAAACAGUGGACAUCCAAAUGUAUUGCUAUCGAAGAUCCUUUUGACUUGAAUCAUAAUCUUGGUGCUGGAGUCUCUAGGAAAAUGACCAAUUUCAUAAUGAAGGCAUUUAUCAAUGGGAGGAAAUUAUUUGGUACCCCAUUCUACCCAACUGUUGGAAGAGAAGCUGAAUACUUUUUUGACUCGAAAGUGCUGACAGAUGGGGAAUUGGCACCCAAUGACAGAUGUUGUCGUGUCUGUGGAAAAAUUGGUCACUACAUGAAAGACUGUCCAAAGAGGAGGAGGUUGAAGAAAAAGGAGAAUGAGAAAGAUGAUGAAAAAGAAGUGAAAGAAGAAGACAGAGAAACGAGAGAGAAGAGGUGUUUCAUCUGUGGAGAUGUGGGUCAUGUUAGAAGAGAUUGUCCUGAAUUCAAACAAACCCGACAGAGAAAUAGUAGUGUGCCAGGCACCCAGUUGGUCCGAAGUAUGGUAAAUUCACAGCUAGUAGCUGUAAGCCAGCAGCAAGUGGAACGACCCUUGCGUACAAGACAGUCAUCGGAAUGUUCUGAUUCGCAUCAAUCAUCUUAUUCUCCACAACCUCAACAAUUUACACAGAAUUCCUCUCAGCCAGCCUCCAUUAACCAGACUCAGCCACAACCAAUAUCCCAGUCUAAGCACGUUCCACAACCACAGCAGGGUGCACAGCCACCCCAUCAGGUCCAGCUGCCUUUGUUUAACUUUCCCCAAUCUCCCCCAGGUCAGUAUUCCACCUUGCAUAACCUGGGACUACUUCAGAUGCACCAUCACCACCAAAUUCAGCUUCCUAACACUUCGUGGCCUAUUCACGGGCCUGUUAUUCACUCUGCACCGGGUAACCCUCCUCAUUCUACAAAUGUUCCAUUUUCUAUGAGAUCUGGCAGCAGCACCACCACAAAUAACCAGAGCAGUGUAAGCUUGAAUGAUCCCAGUAUCAUCUUUGCACAGCCUGCUGCCAGGCCCAUGGGAAUCCCCAGCACUUCUCAUGAGGGACACUGGCACAAUCCUGUGACUCCAAACUCACUGGUGAACAAUGGCACUGUGGGGAAUUCAGAUCAGGGUUUCCAAGGACAGUUUGGUAAAAUGAACCCUCCUUCUGUCCCUUGGGACCAUGGGACCCCUACCCAUUUUCCUCUCCUCCGAGGAGCGUGGCCUUACAAUAUGCCUCAGAACUACAUGCAGCAGGGAAAUGCCAGCUAUCCACCGAACAAACCUUUCUACCCUCAAGCUGGUCCACUGAUGCAGAGUAACCAGCGGUUCUCGCUUCUGUCUCAAGGACACCCACACUUGAAUCUGAAUUACAUUCAACAGAAAAAGUGAAAUUGAAGGGGGUUGUGGGUGGGUGGGGGGAGGGGAGGAAAAAUUCAGGUUCUGAUCUAAAAUCUUAAUGCAACGUGUUUAGAUACAAGAUUAUUUAAGACUGUUUUUAAACUGUAUCAUUUGUACAUAGAUACGAACUAUAGUUUUUACUAGUAUCACAAAACUAAGUGAUACAAAUUUCAUCUAUUUUAUUACCCUAUUUUUAAGGGGAAUUGUGUUUUGUUUUAUCUUGAUAAACUGUAAAGAGAGAGAAUUUUUAAAAUUAAGUUCUUUAUUUUCUAUUAGCUGUAUUCAUACUUCGGUUGCUUCAGACUUUAUAUAUAUUGUUCUAAAAAAAUAAAAUUAGAAAGGGAUUUCAUGUGUUUAAAAAUUUGUCACUUCUAUUCUUUACAGAACUAUGUAGUGCCAAAAAACUUUUUAAAAGAAAAAUAAAACUGCAAAAAAAAGGUUAAGACUUCUUCCUCUUCCCUCUUUAUAUGUAUACUUAUGUGUGACUGUAAUUAGAACAACAAAAACAACUUACAUUUAGGUAUUAAAGCUAGUCAUCUUUCAUCUGUCAUUUAAAAUGAGACAUGCAGUCAGUGCAUGUUUCUCCCUGUGCUGUCUUUCUUGUAGAAUACUUGAUCUGAGGGAAGUGUACACCUUUUCUGUUUAUACCCUUUCUAAACUAAUAUCAAGUUAUCUUAAAAAAAAAAAAAUCAAGCUGUACAAUGAGGUAACUCUAAAAAGAACCUUCUAUAAAUUAAUUUGGCUUACUACUAUGUGUUGUCAACACUCAUUGGGCAGUAUGUGAAAAUAGGGGGAUAGUAAACAUCCCAACUUGUAUAUGCAACAUACAGUGACAAAACUGCCUGCCCAUGCUCCUGAAGCAAGAUUAUGAAUAAAGGGAUCAUACAAACUGGACUUAGCACAACUGUGUUCCUGCCAUAUGUCAUUAAAUGUAUUAAGAACUGUAACUUGAGUAAGAACUUGAAUAUUUUUCAUUUGAAAAACAGGGUUUUACUGAAUGCUAACUUUGAGGGAUGCUAGAGCUGAGCUAUUGUGUCACUCUUCCACAGGUAGGCCAUAACUGCUCUAUGUUCAAAGGAGUAGUUUGCUGUCUUUAAAUGUACUCAUUAACAAUACUUUCCAGGCAAAAACUUUUUUUCUCUACUUGAAGCUUUUGAACUGUCUGAUAGUGGUAUCAGAAGAAGCGUAUUAGACUUAAGGAUGAUUCUUACAAAGGAACAAGUGACAGCUCUAUGUUAAAGACUAGGUUUAAGUUAGCUUUGGCUUUUAGUAAACAUACUGGAUUCUCAAUAGCAUUGCUUCCUUUCCUGUAAUAGAGGUUUACUAAGAUAUAUUUUAGGCUGGUAGUUCUUCAGUGUUUGACUUAAACAUAUUCUAACUUUGGUAACUUAAUGCAGCAGCUGUUGGUCAUAACAUCACCUUGAUUUGAAAAUAAAGCCAGCUUCAAUUAGAAAUCUGGAAGUAUUACAAAAGAAACCAGAAACCUCCUUUAAAGACAGCCCCCCUUUUAUUAUUGCUCUUCACUGACUUUUACAGGCCUUGAGAAAAACGCUUUAAAAACAAUUCUCAAAUUCUAUCACAAGAAUAAGAAAGUAACUACCUAAAGAGGAUCUAGCUUUCCUUUAGUUAAAAAACAAAGAAAUAAAAA